GCCCGAAGAGGUUUUCCCUGCCACGAACUCAUCAAAACAGCUUCGUGUUGUCUUUUACCGGGGCCGUGACGAUUUGUAUUUGCCCGGUGGUUAGCCAGAGGGAGCGUUAUUUUUCUCCUCGAAAACGCAGACAAGGUGGAAAUUGACAAAAGGGAAGCGUCCGCUGACGACAGUCACACAAGUAGAGGAAAUAGAGGAGCGGGAUUAAAAGAAGACAUAUCCUGGUCAUUGUUCAUCACUGCUGGAUGGAGCCGCCUCUCUGAUCUAAAGGAAACUGUUACUACUUGAAGUUGGGAAAGCUGUCACCUUAUUCCACGUCGCCUGAGAAACCUCCGUCUGUGUCAUCUGCGGAUCACUGGCCUCAAUAAGACUCUGCAAUCAUCAUCGCUGAGAUGUUCCAAUCUAGCACGGUUGAGAUGCAGACUGCUUUGUAGAGGAGACUUCAGCUGUGAGAGUUCACAUCAUCACAUAUCUUUUCAGCAGGAUUCAGCAAAGCACCACAUGUGCCUGUGAGAGUCGUCACUUCAUUUAGUUGGCAUUAUGUUGAUCCUACAUUAAACCCUUGAGCAACCCAUCCCUACCUUUCCCUCCCAUCAUCCCUCAACACACCCUUUCCAAUCUCCAUCAUGACCAGCUUGAAGCGUUCUCAGACUGAGCGUUCAGUGGGUGGCUCAGUGCCAGCUUCUGAUGAGUUCUAUACCCGCCGCUUACGGCUGCCCAAUGGAGGGGCACCUCCUCCCCGCAGUGAAAGUGCCCACAUUUCCUCCUCCUCCACCACCGGCACCAACCCAGGCGUCCCUAAAAUGGGUGUCCGGGCUCGUGUGGCUGAUUGGCCUCCAAGGAAAGAUGGAGGAGGAGGAGGUGUUUGGCAUAUCACUGUGGAAACAGACUCACCCAGUUCUACCAAUACCACCAGCUCCUCGGGAUCAGGGAGUGGAGAUAGAGAAAGACUAGGGCUUGGUGAAAGAGGUGGAGGAGGAGGAGGAGGAGGUGGAGGAGGAAGUGGUGGUGGUGGUAGUGGUGGCAGUGGAGGAGGAGGGGUGUCAGCCGUCACAGCGCACAGCAAUCUGUCAGCCAAACUGGGCCACCUGAUUAGCCCACAGGACUCAUCCAUGCUGCGCAACAUCCACAACACACUAAAGAACAAGAUGCAUAGCAAGGGAAAGGACAACCGCUUUCUGUCUCCUGAUGGUUAUCUGGGAUCACCUCGUAAAGGCAUGAGGCGUAUCCGCCAGCGCAGUAACAGUGACAUUACUAUCAGUGAGCUGGAUGGGGAUGGUAACGAGGGCUGGUCCUUCUCGGGUUGGACGCCCAUGCACCGUGAGUAUGGCAGCACUUCAUCCAUUGACAAACAUGGUGUGUCAGGAGAGAGCUUCUUUGACAUGCUUAAGGGCUACCAGUCUGCUGAGGCCCCUGAUCAGCGAAGUCCAGCCCCAGAGAGGUUAACAGAGCUUCUUACAGUGGCCCCAAUAAAACAGACUGCCCUGGACCUGCCAGAUGGACCUCUAGGUCCAACCAGAGGUAGUCCUGCCAGUCGGCUGAAGGAGCGAGAGAAGCACUUGAAGAGGAGGUCCAAGUCAGAGACAGGCGGAGAGUCAAUAUUCCGUAAGUUGCGUAGUGUUAAGGUGGAGGGUGACACAUCGCGGGCUGGUUCUGAUGCUGAGGAUGGGGGAAAAGGGGAUGAGGGUGGCCCACCUCCCAAACCCUGGGUGUGCCAAAAAGGCUUCGCCCAUUUUGAUGUCCAGUCUCUACUCUUUGACCUAAAUGAGGCAAUCCAUAGUCGCCAUUCUGGGUCUAAGCGCAAGAACACCACAACAGGUGCCUCAGCUGCUGCUGCUGCGUCUGCUUCAGCAACGUCCUCACUCGCUUCAAAUCAGAGUGGAAUGUAUGGGUCACCCUGUGGAUCUCAAGAGGAGCUGAGCAAGGACGGGUCAGGAGGACACAGUGCAAACCCCGCUCUGGACCCUGGUGAUGACAAGAGCAAUGACCUUGUGCUCAGCUGCCCUUGUUUCAGGAACGAGAUUGGUGGAGAGGGUGAGAGGAAUAUCUCUCCCAUUAAACAGCAGGGCAGCAUUGGUAGUGGGGGAAGCUCCAGCGGUUCAUCUGGCAGCACAGAGGAAGGACCUUUGGAAGCUACUCUAUCAACUCAUUUCACCAACGCUGGUGUGGCUGUAUUGGAGGCCCCAAAAGAUGGGCCAAGCCAACAUGCUGAAAGGUCCAAAAGAUAUAUUGUGGAACACGUUGACCUCGGCGCCUAUUACUACCGAAAGUACUUUUACCUCAGAGAGCACUGGAACUACCUGGGGGUCGACGAGAACCUCGGCCCAGUGGCAGUGAGUCUGAGGAGGGAGAAGUUAGAUGAACAUAAGGACCAUGGCCAGCAGUACAACUACAGAGUCAUCUUCAGAACGAGUGAGCUAAAUACCCUGAGGGGCUCCAUCCUGGAAGACGCUGUUCCUUCCACGUCCAAGCACGGACUAGCUCGAGGCCUGCCCCUCAAAGAGGUCCUGGAGUACCUGGUGCCUGAGCUCAAUGUCCACUGCCUGCGCCUGGCUCUCAACACGCCCAAAGUCACUGACCAGCUGAUGAAGCUGGAUGAGCAGGGGUUGAGUUUCCAGCGGAAAGUGGGGGUGAUGUACUGCAUGGCAGACCAGAGCAGCGAGGAGGAGAUGUACAAUAAUGAGUCAGCCGGUCCUGCACUGGAGGAGUUCCUUCAUCUGUUGGGGGAGAGAGUCAGACUCAAAGGCUUCACCAAGUACCGGGCUCAGCUGGACACCAAGACCGACUCGACAGGCACCCACUCGUUGUACACCACCUACAAGGAUUAUGAGCUCAUGUUCCAUGUGUCGACAAUGCUGCCCUACACACCCAACAACAAGCAACAGUUACUGCGGAAGCGUCACAUCGGGAACGAUAUCGUCACGAUUGUAUUCCAGGAACCCGGGGCUCUCCCUUUCACCCCCAAAAACAUCCGCUCGCACUUUCAGCAUGUGUUUGUGAUCGUGCGAGCCCACAGCCCAUGUUCUGAAAACAGCUCCUACAGUGUGUCGGUCACUCGUUCCAAAGAUAUGCCCUCUUUUGGCCCCCCAAUCCCAGAAGGCGUGACCUUUCCCAAGUCGUCUUUGUUCCGGGACUUCCUUCUAGCCAAGGUCAUCAAUGCAGAAAACGCUGCCCACAAGUCGCACAAGUUCCGCGCCAUGGCCACCCGAACGCGCCAGGAGUACCUGCGGGACCUGGCCGAGCGCCACACCACCAGCACACCCAUCGACCCGUCGGGAAAGUUCCCCUUCAUCUCACUGGCCCACAAGAAGAAAGAGAAGACUCGGCCGUACGGAGGGGCGGAGCUUCGCAGCCUCGGGGGAGUGACCUGGCCAGUUUACGCUGAGGAUCACAGCACCGGAGGAGAACUGGAGGCUCUGUUGACUAUGUCGAAUGACUUCCUGAUCCUUCUGGAUCAAGAAGCGAAAGCUGUGGUGUUCAACUGUGCCACCAAGGAUGUGAUUGGCUGGACCCUGAGCAGCCCUGCGUCUUUGCGGAUUUUCUACGAGCGGGGAGAAAGUGUGUCUCUGAGGAGUAUCGGUAACAACACUGAGGACUUCAAAGAGGUGGUCAAACGUCUAGAGUCCCUGACUAAGGGCUGUGAGACAUCAGAGAUGACGCUCCGUCGAAAUGGCCUGGGGCAGCUCGGCUUCCAUGUGAACUACGAAGGCAUCGUGGCUGAGGUUGAGCCGUACGGUUACGCCUGGCAGGCAGGGCUGCGGCAGGGAAGCAGACUGGUGGAAAUCUGCAAAGUAGCCGUAGCAACGCUGACACACGAGCAGAUGAUCGACCUCCUGCGGACAUCAGUGUCCGUCCGUGUUAGCAUCAUCCCACCACAUGAUGACGCCACUCCACGGAGGGGCUGCUCAGAGCUCUAUCGUAUGCCUGCGUCCGAAUACAAGAGCGGCAGCAGUGAUAGCGGCUCCUUUGAAUACAAGUUCCCCUUCCGCAGCAACAACAACAAGUGGCAGAGGACAUCCAGCAGCCCCCAGCAGUCACUGACUGCGUCACCCCAGCCGCACCAGCCCAACCGGGCCAUCAGCCUAGGCAGCACAGUGGGUAAGACCCUGUCAGCUGAGAGGCUGGAGAGGGGCGCAGUCAUCCCACGCAGCGUCAGCAGCGAUGGCCGACCCCUGGACCCAAAGAGGAUGUCUCCAGGCAGUGAGAGCUAUAGCCUGGCCUCCUCCAUGGCACUGGGUCGUUCGCCUCACAAUCGCAGCUCGCCAAGCAACCUGUCAUGUUCCACUGAUGCCUCUGGAAGCUCAGCUCACUGGAGACAGAAGUCCAUGCCUGAGCAGUUUGCAGCCCCCCGCCACUCCCCAAUGUCCGGGGAGAGGCGAGAGGUGGUUGGAGAGGGCGUGUCCAGCGGAAAGUCCACUCCCAAUUGGUCGAGGAUGGAUGAAGGUGGAGGAACUGAAAGAGGCUCAACAGAGGCACCAGUUUCAAAGUCUGGUCAAGGCUACUCUGGAGCUCCCCGAAUCCAGAGGCAGGAGCAGGUCAUCCACGUGUCACCCAAGAAGGGCAGCCAGUCUGAUGGUCCUUACUCCGGGCACUCGAGCAGUAACACCCUCUCCAGCACCGCAUCCAGUGGAGGCCACAGUGACAGCGAUAAAUGGUACGACAUGGGAACGGGUGGAGGCACCAGCGGUGAGCAGGGGGAACCGGAGCCCAACGGUCUUGGAGGAGGAGGCUACCUCCAGGGGGCGUCGGCCGACAGCGGCAUCGAUACCAGCUCUUAUGGUGCUCCUCAUCACUCCCAUCCUCAUUCUCAUCACGGCAGCGCCACUUCACUGCUGGCUCCCAGUGGAAGCAGGGAGAACAGGGAGAGUAGGGAGAGCAGGGAGAGCAGGGAGCGGACGGCUUCUCCGUGGCACAGCCCCACAGAAGGAGGCCGCAGGAUGCUGGAGAGGUCGCCUGCUGCAGCUGAGUCCCCCGGGCCUCCAGCAGAGAGGAGUAUGGAUGGGACAGGCCGAACCCCACCUACUCACCUCCUCGUUAGAGACAGCAGCACCUACAGUCUGAGUGACCAAGGAUCACACUCCAGGCACUCAGGCCACAGCUCCCCGAGAGAGGAGUCCUCCUCUGCAGCCACCUCCCCUUCAUCGCAGUCCUCUGCAUCCCCGGGGCCCAAGAGCUUCUACCCCCGCCAGGGAGCGCAGUCCAAGUUCCUGAUCGGCUGGAGGAAGCCCGGAUCCACAAUAAACUCUGUCGACUUCGGAGACACCCGCAAGAAGUCUCCAGGAGAAGGUGGAGUCGAGGUUGUACCCACACCUGCAGCCAGGCCCUCUCUGCGGGACAUGCACUCACCGCAGCCUCAUGCCAAGUCCACCAUGGAGGAGGAUACGAAGAGACACAGUGCUCCAGACAGCCCCCCAGCCCCACGCAGACACAAGGAAAAGACACGUCUGCAUCAUGGCCAGAAAUCCCCGCCGGGCCAGCCUUUGAACCGCCACCGCUCGCUCCAUCGCACCCUGUCAGAUGAGAGUAUCUACCGCGGUCAGCGCCUACCUACCCUGGGCGACUCUGUGACAGAUCAGGGACUCGGUGCUGAUUCUCUCUUCAGCUGCUCCACCCUCCCACGCUCACCCACCACCCGGGGUGUUCCUCUCCGGCGGCCCUCCUACAAGCUGGGAGUCAAACUACACGGUGAUCUUUCAGCGUCUGACACAUCAUUGGUGGAUUUGGUGGAACGGCAUCGUGGACCCCUCCCUCAGGAGCUGAUGCCCCUUCCGUCUUCAGGGAGGGGCAGCCCCUUAGACUGGACACACCUGGUGGAUGUGGCCAACACUUUUGAGACUGAAAGGAGCACACACUACGUUCAGAGAAGUUAUGUGUUUGGUGACGCAAACCACAGAAGCAGCGGUGCCUCCAGUCCCCAACAGCCCCACAUAGAGCUGCAGCCUGCUCCUCUGUCACGGCCCUCCUCCAGUGAGGGUCACAUAGGGCUGGAGAGGAAGGUGACUAAGCUGGAGGCCAUGGUAAAGAUGCUCCAGGAGGACUUGAAGAAGGAGCGGGACGAGAAGGUGAGGCUGCAGGCUCAGAUUAAGAGGCUCUGGGAGGACAACCAGAGACUGCAGGAGGAGUCGCAGACCUCUGCCGCCAAGCUCAAGAAGUUCACAGAGUGGGUCUUCAACACCAUCGACAUGAACUGACUCAGACCUGCUGCACGCUUCAACUCACACACGCACCACCACAACUGCAUUAAACACCAACACGCAGUCUGGAUGGAGAGACAGAGGGGAGAGAAACUUUCCACGAGAACAAUGGAGACUAGUCUGUUGCUAAAACCCUCUGACUGUUUUUUAUUGGCUUCAAACAUCAGCUGGUAGCAUUGUUGACUAGUCUCCACAGACCCUUUGCUAAACUUCUCAGGAUGAGACCCAAAAAAAACAAGGGGUGUCAGUAAUGAAGGAUUAACCGAUACUCUCCAAAGGACCUGGAGAGCAUUGUUUAAUUUAUCUUUCAUCUCGUGCCAAAAUUCCUUUUUUUAAAUUGCCGACCAAAAGGAACCCCUUCCCCCUCCCUCAUUCAGUUUUUCUUCUUCCUGAUUGAAAGAAUCAUAAGAACACCCGCUUGCCACCACUUUUCUCCAUAAACAUAAUUAUGUUUUUCCAGGGCAACCUGCAGAAAGAUAUCCGACCUUUUGAAUUCUUCUUUUUUUUUUCUUUUUGCAAAUGUUUCCUAGCGUCUCUGAAAGGCCAUUUGUGCCAAAUCCAACUCACCGCAGCAGAGGGUAGAAGCGAUUUACUUUUAUUUUUUUUAAAACGCCACACAAAGACAGACAGGUACGCACAAAUCUGUGAACCCAGCCUCUCCAAGUCAGCUGAAACAAAAACAAACGCAUAAUGAAUCUGAAGCCACAGGACAACAUAUCCUUCACGGGUUAACGGCGACUAAAGAUUUCACUUCUAAGAGCCUCUGACGCGUAAAGGGUUACAGCGACUGAAGCCACCGACAUGGAAGCAGGUCAAUCUGCCUCUGAACUGAAGGGAAACCUGGAUUUGUACAGUGAUUUUUUUUUUUUUUCUUCUUCCUUUUUUUCCCCUCUCUUCUGUGACACUCGUAUCUGGAUUACAGCAUCCUGCCCGUCUCUACAGCACAAACCUGAAUAAGGAGGAAUAUAUUUAUAAGCCAUCGACAUGUGGUGCCAUAAAACAAGACUGAUCUCCAGAGUGCUUUGGUCCAAACCCGACUGUAUGUGUCUUAAAAGCAAUAGAAAGGAGUUGGGACUCACGGCUCUCCCAAGUAGAAGGGAGAGUUUACUCUGGGAAGAAGUGCGAUGUGGGAAACAAAGUUUUGAAGAGUCUGCACCAGAGCCUCCAUCGUCUUUCGGAUAAAACAAAGAGAGGACUUUGUUUACCAUCCCAUCGUCUGGAAUACAGAGAACAAGCGUAAAGAUGAUGACAGAGACAUUUAUCAGGACAGGAAGUAAAAGUGGUGACUUUUUUUUUUUUCCUGGGUUAAUUUAUUUUCUUGUAUUAUAUUUCCAAUAAAUAAGUUGUUCUCUUCGUACAGUACAACUGACUGAUCAGUGUUUAGUUCCUCAAGAAAAAAAGGUCACUAGCUAUAUUAUUUAAAUGGCUUUCUUUCUUAAUUCUAGCUAAAGCCUGACUAUAUUGCUUUUUAUUCUGUAUUCUGUUGUAUUUUGUGGUGCCCAAGCCUGCUGUCGUGUUGCUUACAGUGCCCUCUAGUGGUGACCAGUGGAACUGUCAUGAUUAUUUAAUGUGCUGCCAGUCACUCUGUAUUUUUCCAAACGCCUCAAUCAGACAUCGGCCAAGGAGGCCACACUCCGAAAAGAAAGUCAAAUGAAACGAAACUCCAGCUUUGAGUGACAAUCGGAGGCCGAUUUUUUUUUUUUUGACAAAGGGAGCAGGCCAUAGGUGUUCUCGUACGUAGGUGCGUGGGUGUGUGCGCUCACAUUUCAACAUCCGUCGUUUCCUCAGGUUCAGUAUUCACAAUUAGACAAGAGGAUAUUUUGAGAAAGUAGGUCAACAAAAAUGGCACAUGUAUGGUUAGGAUUUAAAUACAAAAGAUAAAAAGGGAGCUGCUGUGCCAGUGGCCGUGUGUGUUGUCAUUGUGUGAAUGUACAUCAGUCUAUCCAGCUGUGCCUACAGUCACUUAUUUUGGUCAUUUACUCCCAGGCAGAGCAGGGACGUGCCUUUGAAACAGCACCUGGGGAGCAGAUGAAAGGGAAAGGCUCUUCUUCAUCAUCCUGAAAAAAUAAAACACACCUGGUAAUACACACACACACACUCAGAUUCAUAUUCAUUAUUAAUAGUUUUACCCAACUUCACGCUCACAGUUGUAGACUCAUAAAAGUUUGUACCUGCUGUGAGGGGGAGUGACUCUUUCUCACGCUUGUAUGAAUAUUUUUACUGAACACAGUCAUUGCUGCCCUGCCUCCAGACACGGGGACACGUGUGUGUGUGUGUGAAGUGCAUGAACAUGUGACGGUAUGUGUGUGUGUGUGUGCCUUUUGAAUUCAGUUACAUGCAGUAUAUCUCUCAGUGCAGCUGGCCCCUGUAAUAUCACAAAGCUCUAAGUGUUUAACAAGACAACAAAAGUGUAGGGGUUGAUUCAGGUCGUUGAAGAUGUUGUUCACAAACGUGGUGAAAGCCUUAAAUCCAUUAAAACCUUAUCUAUCAAAGCCCUUUGAUGAAAAACACUCUCCAACUUUUUGAAUCCCUUCAAGUCUGUUCGCAUCUCUUAAGUUGUAAAUCGCAGCAUGUGGCACAUAACCGCACCCAUUCUGAAUGUAAAGAGAAUAUAAAGAAGUUUAAAAGAGAUAUGAUGUUUACUUUAACUCACAUUCAGCUCUGCAGUUUUGUAGGGAAUUGAGUGGAUGCAUUGAGAAAAAAAAAAAGAAAAAAAAAGAUGUAGAAAAGUCUCGGUUCUGUUCUAAGAAUCUCAGCUUAGUCUGUUAGACGGUUACCACUUCUCAGUGCGUAGUGAAAAAGCUCAAGUAUGUUGCUUUGUGACAUGAUUUAGUAGUUUUAACAGUUGGCCAGUAGUGAAGUCCGGUAGUCAUCAAAUAAUGUGAAAGCCUCAAAAUACACACAAAUAAAGCUGUUUUCACACAUGCACUCCUGAAAAGAUCCAGAAUAUUAUUCAGAAAACCUGCCCCUGAAAUCUUCCAGACUUGUUCCCUCCCAGUGUGAAGAUUUUUCUCUCUGACAGGAGGGGGGGUGAUGUAAAAUAGACGCUAAGGAAAUCCAAGAUGUCAGACAGAUCGACUGAAUCCGACAGUGAAAUGACUUUUUAUUGCCUUUGUAUUAUCAUCCUUGUUCGCUGACUCGCGGUGAAUUUUUUUCCUGCUGCGUUCAGACAUCCGCUCACCCUGGCUUCACACGGACAUUUUACUGAGGGGCUGGCAGGAAAAAAAAUGUCUGCUUAAGUCUGGUGAAACAUUUGUCCGUUUGCAUUCACACAUCGCAGCUCACUCUGACAAUUUGGGGAAAUUCUCAGGAGUUUUGUGCUUGUGUGAAAACACCUUAAGAGUCAAAAACCAUUCCAGAUGGGUGGAAAUCGUUUGCCAUGAACUCUGGAUUUCUAAUCCGAAUCCUCACGCCUCGAUACAUACAUAAUAAUCUAUUAAGUAAUGUCUCAUUUUAUUGUAUAUUGAAAGUGGUCCGGAUUUUUGUAUCUCAAAUGAAGUAUGGCCAAAUGACAAACUGUGCAGUGCAGAUGUUUUGCUUGAAUCUUUAAAAGUGUGCAUCAAGUUGGAUGUUGGAUAAAUACAAAGACAUAAACAAACACACACACACACUAACACACAUACACACACACACCAGUCAAGUUAUUUCCAGUGUGAACGAUGACUUAUUGUACAGUGCUUUUCUUUUCUUUUCGGUGCUUUGUGGAAGGGAAAUGUGAACGCUCCCAUGUUCAAAUGUUCCAUUUUGUAAUAUCUUUCAUUUUUAAUGACCUUUGCACAAUGUUUUAUAAAAAAAAGGUUCAUGUUGACAUGUUGCGGUUAAGAAGGGCGAAUUGAUCCAUUCCUGUGCAAUCGUGUCUUGAUGUUGCUCUGUAGUUUUGCUGCCAGUUUAAUUCCUGAAAAUCAAGAGGAAGGCGCUUGACUUUCCUCCCUUCUUAUAAUCAGAACCCUCCUCCUCCUCCUCCUCCUCCUCCAGCACCUCUGAUCAGACGAGAGCUGGCUGCCGGGGUUUCUGUCGAGCACAACUUGUGGGUUAGUGAUUAGGAGCAGGGGAGGAGGCGUUCACAAAGCUCAGUCACGGCUGUGUCAUGAUCUGUUUAGUUUCCUCCUGUCAGAAGAACAAACUAAACAGUCAUCAGCGCUGACUGUAGAUUAAAGCACAGAACCAAGCACAGAAUGAAAAAAUACUGUUUACAUCCUAGAUCCAUUGUCUUUGUAAAAUGUAAAGGUAUGAAAAAGACAUUUGCAGUGAUCACAGUAUUAAAGUUUCUGAAAUAAAUAAAUGCCGUAUUGAUUUGUGA